GUUGCGCACAUAACAUGCAUUUAUAUGCAGAUGUCAAUGAUGCAAACCUCGAGCUGGCAGGCUUUGCUGGCCCUGCAUCCUACUUUUGUAAAUUAAUUGACGAUUUCGAUGUUGUCAUUGCAUAGCCUUAUGCUGUUGAUGUUACCGUAACUAUACUGGUUAAGUACUGUUCGUCUUCCAAGAGCAAUACGCGAGCGAGUUUGAGCAGAUGAAUUAAGUCAACAUCAGAUAUCAUCAACUAGUCUCGCCAAACGUGGGUAUUGAUGAGCUUCAAAUUCACAAAGAAAGAGGAUAUGUGAAUACUCUCACCAAGUGCUACAAAUGCUGAAUGCAACAUGACUGAGAAAGAACACUCCCAAGUGAAUGGUGUCACGAUGCCUCUUGCUUUGCAAGAAAAUCAAAAAGAUGAUAGUUCUGAAACCAGAAAGAAUAUUGAGGAGUUGGAAUCAUCAGGUCUAAUGAAUGGUGCUGGUGGAGAAACUGUACCAAACGAUGUCAUCAAUGACUCCAUUAAAAUGCAGGGGGAAUAUGAAGUAGAGAACGAGGUACAUGAGGAUAAGACUGAACUAAAACAACCUACACCAGAACCAGUUGACCCUAUUGGAUUUGUGAAAGAGCAUACAGUUCUAAGUACACUGACAGAGGACAUGUGGACAUCAGAACAUCAUGAUUAUAUCAAUGAAUUUUUUAAGCCUCGGAAUUCAUCCCGCUUAUUGGUCAUCUUUGUGGAUCCACAAUUGGGCCUGACCUUAGAUAAUAAGAUACCGCCACAGAUUGUUGAUGAAAUAUGCUACUUCAUACACAAAGAUGGGGUGACAAUAGAUUCAACCAGCAUUGACAAGAUGGUACAGUAUGGGUCUGUUAAAUCUGGCCACAUCGAAAGCCUUUUGAGACUGAUGCAGAGUAUCUACGCACCACUCUUUUUUGAGAACACAUCAUGGCCUGACAGUAUCAAGAAUGAUUUUUCAGCCCAACUUCAUCGCUUCAUGGCAAGCCUUACAGACACACAUUACAAGAUGCAGGGACACACAGUGCUCUACAUCCCCAGUGAAGGGCUGAAUAUCUCUCCGGACCAAGCUGCAAAGAACAAAGAGCUGGUGCAAAGAUUAGAGACUGCAAUGGUGCAUUGGACAAGGCAAAUCAAAGAAGUCCUUGCAUCUCAGGAUGCCAUUGAAACUUCCGAAAACUCUGGCCCUCUUGAGGAGAUUGCCUUCUGGCAUAACCGUUGCGUUGACCUCUCUGGAAUCAGUGAACAGCUGAGAAAGGAAGGUGUGCUAAGGAUCCAGAUGAUAUUAGAGCUUUCAAAGUCAUCUUAUGUAGCUUCAUUUAGAAAGCUCUCAAGACAAAUACAGGAUGGCUCAGAGCAAGCACAAAGUAACCUGAAGUUUCUGUCAACUUUGAAAGAGCCGUGUGAAGAGCUAUCGAAAGCGAAACCAGUUGACAUCCCACCAAUGUUGACUAAGAUUAUUAACUUAAUCAGAAUGAUUUGGGUCAACUCAAAGCAUUACAAGAGUAGAGAGAGGCUUACUGGCCUCUUUAGAAAGGUGAGCAAUGAAAUCAUCCAUCGAUGCUGUAAGGAAAUUUCACUAGAGAAAUUGUUUGAUGGCUAUGUAGUAUCAUCCAUGAAAAGCCUCCACCAGAGCAUUGACUGCUGCCGAGCUUGGAAAGAAACCUACUCAUACGUCAGACAGAUGCAUCACAAGUUCUCUUCAGAAGGAUGGGUAUUGGACCAAAGUAGCAUCUUUGCUCAGGUUGAUGCCUUUGUUCAGCGUUGCAAGGAUUUACUUGAGGUUUGUGAAUGCCAAAUUCAUUUUGCUCGUUGGGAAGAUGGUAACAAGACUCCACUCCCCUGUUUUGCUGGCCAGAGAGGUCCGGAGAUCACACGCAGUCUACUAGAGAUAGAGAGUGCUUUUGAGGCAAACCUGGCUGUUAUGAGCGGUGUCAGGAAGACAAUUCUGGACGUUAAGGCAACCACGUGGCAUGAUGAUUAUAACAGGUUCCGAACAGGCAUCAAAGAUUUAGAGGUCAUGAUGCAAAAUGUCAUCUCUACUGCGUUUGAGACCAUCAACACAGUUGAACAAGGAGUGGAGUUACUGGAUGCAUUUCAACAUCUGUCAUCGAGAGAGGCUAUUAGACGGACAAUUGACAAGAAGACGGUUGAAGUGUAUGCCCUUUUCAAUGAUGAACUGAAUGCUGUGAAAAAAGAACUGACUAAGAAGAGCCAAAGUCUGGGACCCCUCUUGCCAAAGUAUGCAGGCCAGGCCCAUUGGGCAAGAUCAUUAAAGGGCCGUAUUGAUCGGUCCAUGAAGGUAUUGGACAAGGCCUACUUCCUGCCACACAUAGGUACUGGUGCAGAAACACGGACACAGUACAACCAGCUCAGCACAGCUCUGGAUGAGUUCAUUCGUAAGACAUUUAAUGAAUGGGCAGUCACUGUGGAUAAGGACUGCAUGAAAUUACUCGAUGUUCCACUCAUGUGCAGAAGCACUGAGAAACAGGCCAUGCUAGACAUGAACUUUGACAGGAUAUUGCUGAAGUUGUUCAAUGAGAUCCAGUACUGGGAGAAGUUGAUGUUUGAGAUUCCGCACUAUGCCACCGAGGUAUACCUCAAAAGAGAAGAGUUGAGAAACCUGAGAGAAAAUGUGCUCCUGGUUGUACGUGAUUACAAUAGGAUCAUUGCUGCCCUUUCCUUGGAAGAACGAGGUCUGUUCAGGGAACGCAUCAGACAUCUUGAUAAAAAGAUUCAUCCAGGUCUCACAAAGCUGACUUGGGCAUCAAAAGGCAUAUCCGACUUCUUCAUUGGAGAGUGUAGGCAGUAUGCUAGCAAGGUACAGGUUAUUGUGGACGACUACAAAAUCGCUAACUUAACCAUCUCUCGCAACUGCAAGCGCAUCAGUGAAAACCUGCUGGUCCGAAUUGACAACAAGAAGGUGUAUGAGGGCUUGGAGUUUGAGGAAGAACAGAUGAAACACAGGGCAAGUGCCCAGAAGAGGCUUAAGAUCAUCCAUGAAGAGAUUGUUCACAUCAUGAAACAGACUUUUGAGGUUUUCCGAACAGAUGGGCAAGAGGUCCAGAAUCAUUGGCAUCGUUACACAGAGAAAAUGGAUAGAAUGGUGGAGGAGGCAUUUCGACUCAAUGUCAAAUGGUCAUUACAGGAGCUGUCCAAAGCAAUCAAUGGAGAUGGCAAAACAACACCUAAUCCUUUGUUUAGAGUCAAAGUUGUGUUGACUGGAGAAAAGAAUUCAGUGGAGUUCUCUCCAACAUUGAAAAAACUUGCUACAAUAGUUAUGAACACAAGUAGUCACUUGACAGCAGCAAUAUCGGUUAUUCAAAGAUUACCAGACCUACUGACAAGAAAGCGCUCAACAAAAGAGCCCAUUAACAACGUGAUCGAGAAGGAUGAAGAAACCAAGAAGAUACAAAAGAGUAUUGAUGCUGGCAUGCAGAGCAAUGCACAACACCUUAUGAACUACCUCGGAACCUGGGACAAUUAUCGUGAGAUUUGGGAGAUCAAUAAAGAUGCCUUCAUUCGGAGAUACCAGCGGCUCAAUCCCCCAGUAGCUUCAUUUGAUGCUGAUAUCGCAAGGUACACAGAAGUUGCCAACAAUGUGCAAAAGGAAGAAACCGUUCUUAACAUACAGUUCGUUCUUUUGGACUGCUCCCCACUGAAGACUGCACUACUUGGACACUGUCAUGAGUGGGAAAAUAAAUUCACCACGUUGCUUGGUGAGAUGGCAAGCCAACAGCUAAAGGAUCUACACAACUUUCUCUGCAGCAACCAGGAGAAAUUGAGUAAGCCCCCCAAACCCUUGACGAGCUGGGUGAUAGUCUGUCAUUGUUGGAACAACUGCAAACAGAUCUCAGUAAGAUAGAGGCCCGCUUCCCUCCUCUUCAUGAACAGUUUGCUAUCCUUGAAAAGUAUGAUGUAGCCAUACCUGAUGGGGUUCGUCAAAUGCUUGAUGAGUUAGAUAAUGAGUGGGUGACAUUCCAGCAGUGUUUGCUCGAUAGUGAUGUGAUGUUGAAGAAACACAAGGAAAAAUUCAAGACAGGCCUUAUUCAUUCUUCUGAAGAAUUCAAAAA